UUAUAUCUAUCGUGUAUCGUAGGUAGCAAAUCAAAAAUGGGUAAAUACCAUAGAUAUAACUCUUUGCUCCUCCAAGUAGAGCAAGUUAACAUGGAUGAGAUUGCAUCUCAAGUAAUCAACCCUUUCCAAUAUUCUUCCUCAACCACCUCUUCCUCCGCCACUACCACCACCACCACCACGACCGGUUCGUCUUCAUUGUCGUCGACCUCCACCUCCUCGAGAUCGAUAGCCCAAACCAUAUCGUGUGAUGAAAGUGAAAUAGGCAACCUUAAAAAAGGGUCGAAAAGGGCUCAAAAGGGAAGCAAUGGUAACGAAAACAAGAAACAAAAUAGAAAUGAUGGUUGUAGUGAACAUACAACGUAUCGUGGUGUACGAAUGAGGAGUUGGGGCAAAUGGGUGUCUGAAAUCCGUGAGCCUCGUAAGAAAUCUAGAAUAUGGCUCGGGACAUUCCCAACGGCUGAGAUGGCGGCUCGAGCCCAUGAUGUAGCAGCUAUAGCCAUAAAAGGUCAUUCGGCUUACCUUAACUUUCCUAAAUUAGCCCAUUUACUUCCACAACCAACCACCACAUCACCAAAAGAUAUCCGAGAAGCUGCCAAUAAGGCCGGUGCCAUGUACGAUGGAUAUGAAGCCGAGCCACCAAGCCGAGCCAUGCUUUCUCAUUCUCAUUCAUCAACAAGUACUCUUUCAUCAUCAGAUAAUAACAAGAAUCAAGAAUCAAUCAAUUCAAUAUCAUCAUCAACUGAAGUAGUGGACGAUACAUUUUGCGACCUACCUGAUCUUUCUCUCAACAGCAGGAAUGAUAGAUUUCAUCAAUUUUACCCUGCACCACAAUGGCACCUGGCGGAGACUACUGGAUCUGCUGAUAAUUAUAUUAUUGGUUUAAGGCUUGAAUCUGAUGAAGACCCAGUUCUUUGGCAUAUUAAUUAAUUUAUUACCCAUUAACAUCUCAAAUACUAUCCAUCUAUACACCCCUGUAGAAAAUUCAACCCCCAGCGUAGCAAGCCAAAUUUUUUGUAUUAAUAAUGUGAGUGAGGCGAUUUGAAGAUUUUUUACAUAUUUUUUUUAUUGAGUUUUUUUCACAAAUUAGUUAACUAUAUGUUACGUUUUUGAGGAAAGCAUAUAUAAUAUUUUUUGAAUAUUGUAAA